AACCAAUCCAGGGCUAGGAUAUAUAAUUACGUCAACCGAGUGCUUGUCAUGUUCUACACGUUUGGCAUACUUUGCAUUCAGCAGCCACUUCAGCACUGCGCGUCAGACCUCUCUCUCUUGCUACUGUCUCAGUCUCAGUAAACUAGGUGAAUCAACAUGUCUAACUUAAAUCAGAAGAAAUACAAGCCAGAAGAAGAUUAUCCUGAUUUAUCGAAGCAUAACAAUCAUAUGUCGCAAUGUUUGACACCCAAAAUUUACGCUGAUCUUCGUGAUAAAGUCACUCCAGGUGGUUUUACUCUGGACCAAGCUAUACAAACUGGUGUCGAUAACCCAGGUCAUCCAUUCAUUAUGACUGUUGGCAUGGUAGCAGGAGAUGAAGAAAGUUAUGACGUCUUCGCAGACAUUUUUGAUCCCGUCAUUUCUGCUCGUCACAAUGGAUACAAGAAAACUGAUAAACACAAGACUGAUCUGAAUCCCGCUAACCUGAAAGGAGGCAUCUUGGACGACAAGUAUGUAUUGAGCUCCCGUGUACGUACUGGACGUAGCAUCAAGGGAAUUGCAUUGCCACCAUUCUGCACCCGAGGCGAGAGGCGAGCAAUUGAGAAAAUUGUCACCAAAGCUCUAGCUGGUCUGUCAGGUGACUUGAAGGGAAAGUAUUAUCCACUCACGGGAAUGACAGAUAAAGACCAGGAACAGCUUAUUGCUGACCAUUUCUUGUUCGACAAACCUGUAUCUCCGUUGUUGACAUGUGCUGGUAUGGCACGUGACUGGCCCGACGCGCGUGGUAUCUGGCACAACGACAAGAAGACCUUUUUGGUGUGGAUCAAUGAGGAAGAUCACACUCGCGUGAUUUCAAUGCAGAAGGGAGGUAACAUGAAGGAAGUCUUCACCCGUUUCUGCAAUGGUCUCAAUGAGGUUGAGAAGUUGAUAACGAAAGAAGGCCACUCGUACAUGUGGAAUGAGCAUUUGGGCUAUGUUCUAACGUGUCCAUCUAACUUGGGUACUGGACUGCGUGGUGGUGUGCACCUCAAAAUACCGAAGGUUAGCGCACAUCCCAAGUUCGAGGAAAUUUUAAAGAAACUGAACUUGCAGAAGCGUGGAACCGGUGGUGUGGACACUGCCGCUGAGGGCGGUACUUUCGAUAUUUCCAACGCAGACAGGUUAGGUUCAUCUGAAGUACAACAAGUACAAAGUGUCGUUGAUGGCGUGAACUUGCUUGUGGAUAUGGAGAAACUGCUGGAACAAGGAAAACCCAUCGACAGUCUUAUUCCAGCAUAGACAACGACAUCGUUAUAAAGAUACAACUAAACAAUUUUUAUUAAUUUGUUUUGACCAUGUAUAGGGUGUGUUUUUCAUUGCCCCCCUUCCCACAACUACUCUGAAAUACUAGCAGGAGACAGAGGUAUUUGGCUGUUGGUGACCAGCAAAUAAUUCAAUUAAUUAUUUAAUAGACUAGCGAAUUACGAGUGCUGUAAGUGUUGUAGUGCUGUAGAUUUGUGUGUUGUCAUAGUGCUAUAGGUUCAAGUUGAAUAAAACAACUAUCACGUCUCGCGACACUUGUAAAUAAAUUCCUUUGCAUAAUGACGCUGUUCAAAUCACUGAAUACUGAAUAAAAGUAUGAAACCACA